GAUGAGGGGGAAGAUGUCCGAGGCGGGAAACGACAUGCCGGCUAAAAAGCAGAAAUUGAGCAGCGAUGAAAACAGCAACCCGGACCUUUCAGGAGACGAAAAUGACGACGCCGCCAGCGUUGAGAGCGGCACGAACGCUGAGCGACCCGACACCCCCACCAACACAGCCAAUGCGCCCGGCAGGAAAAGCUGGGGCAAGGGCAAGUGGAAGUCGAAGAAAUGCAAAUACUCUUUUAAGUGUGUCAACAGCCUGAGGGAAGACCAUGGCCAGCCUUUGUUCGGUGUCCAGUUUAACUGGCACAGUAAGGAGGGUGACCCGCUAGUUUUCGCAACAGUGGGAAGCAACAGAGUCACUUUAUAUGAGUGUCAUUCUCAGGGAGAAAUCCGGCUCCUGCAGUCUUACGUAGAUGCAGAUGCAGAUGAGAACUUUUAUACCUGUGCUUGGACCUACGACACCAGCACCAGUCACCCUCUCCUGGCCGUGGCAGGCUCCCGUGGCAUCAUUCGCAUCAUCAACCACAUUACUAUGCAGUGUGUCAAGCAUUACGUUGGGCACGGGAACGCCAUCAACGAACUCAAAUUUCAUCCCCGGGAUCCCAACCUCCUGUUGUCUGUUAGCAAAGACCACGUGCUGCGGCUGUGGAACAUUCAGACGGACACGCUUGUAGCCAUAUUCGGCGGUGUGGAGGGCCACAGAGACGAGGUCUUGAGUGCGGACUUUGACCUGCUUGGCGAGAAGAUCAUGUCCUGUGGAAUGGACCACUCGCUGAAGCUGUGGAGAAUCAACUCGGAGAGAAUGCAAAAAGCAAUACGAGGCUCUUACGAGUACAACCCCAACAAAACCAACAGGCCGUUUGUGUCUCAGAAGAUUCACUUCCCAGACUUCUCCACACGUGACAUCCACAGAAACUACGUAGAUUGUGUUCGCUGGCUUGGAGAUUUAAUCCUCUCCAAGUCCUGUGAAAAUGCCAUCGUGUGCUGGAAACCUGGGAAGAUGGAGGACGAUAUCGACCACAUCAAGCCUAGCGAAUCAAACGUGACCAUUCUGGGCCGAUUCGACUACAGCCAGUGUGACAUCUGGUACAUGCGCUUCUCCAUGGACUUUUGGCAAAAGAUGUUGGCGCUGGGAAAUCAAGUCGGAAAGCUGUACGUGUGGGACCUUGAAGUCGAAGAUCCUCAUAAAGCGAAGUGUACCACCCUGACACUCCCUAAAUGCACCUCAGCCAUCAGGCAGACCAGCUUCAGCAGGGACAGCAGUAUUCUUAUAGCAGUGUGUGACGAUGCUUCUAUCUGGCGCUGGGACCGACUGCGCUGAUGAACUUUCCUGACCGUGUUUUGUAAGCUGACGUUUUCCUUCCCCGGACCGCUAGAGAAGUCACAGGAACACAUCACAGGAAGUUCUGUGUGGCUGUGCAACCUGGACACUGGAUGCUCUUUAGGUCCAAUAAGCUUGGAAUUAGGCUGUGGAAGUUGCUUUCCUCAAAUGUCGCACCUCUUGGCUUUUUGUUAUCUUUUAUGUCUUUAAUAAAAUCUAUUUUUACUUGUUUAAAA